GCCUGCCCUCAGCCGCCUCCCCGAACCGCAAGCAGUUCGCCGCCGCGGAAUAGGCAGCGGGCGCUGGGGCGGUGGCACGGGGCGGGCCUGGGGCUCCGCACUCCCUCACGGACUUCGAGCGUGUGUUACCCGCCUGGGUUUGUUGUGGAGGGUGCUGGCGUGGGUCCCUCGCCGUCCGGCGGCGACUGUAAAUAGAGCCUGGAUGUUGUUUACAUGAAGGAUCCGGCGGGAGGAGUCUGCGAGGAGGAGGCGGAGGAGGAGGGAGGGAGGAGAGAGGAAGAGCGGAGUCCCCGCGGCGGCGGCGGUCCGGGAAGGGGGAAGGGACUUGGCGGAGAUCGCCUGCUCCUGGUCGCAGCUGAACCCGCGGCUUCUUCCUGCCUUCCCGGGCCAAGGAAUCUUUUCACUCACUCAGCCACCCGCGCGCGAGCUGCCACCUUCUUGGAGAAGGACCACACCUGUGCUUAUUCUCGCUUUGGAGGAGAGUCUCAACACUUGCUGGGCCACGACCUUACUUUUUCUUCGCUUCCCCACAUCUCGAACCAGAAGGGGAUCUUUUAGUUCUUCACUCCAUGAGGAGCCUUCGGAGGGAGUUGUGCAACCACCCAGAAAGGAUGGUGCUGGCCGACAGCGUGACUGACAGGCUGCCCUGGCUCAGUUAUCACAGUGCUGAUGCUGUCCAUUCUAAAGGUACAGUACUGUGAUAACUGAAGGAUGGCAGCCAUCUUGCCUUCCAUCAAAGGAGUCCUAUCAUGCCCAGGAAGGAAGACUGAAGAUGAAGCGGGCAUGUGAAACAGUGGUGGGGACCCAGAAACCCGCUUGCCUUGUUCCUGUAUUGUACCUCUCCUGGAACAUAGGGUAUGUUAUUCCCUCAGUCUUUGUCUUGUUUUGUAACAUGGCGGGGCUAAGGAGGAGUUGGGUAGUUGCUUGCAUGGCAGGGUGAAGAUGGUUGCACUGAGUGGACAUGUAUUAAGAUCUUUAGAACUUUUGGGCGCCUGGGUGGCUCAGUUGGUUAAGCAACUGCCUUCAGCUGAGGUCAUGAUCCUGGAGUGCCGGGAUCGAGUCCCACAUCGGGCUCC